UCUUCCCCAUUUCAUACUCUCAUUCGCAACUCAUAAACCCUAACGAUUUCUCUUGAAUCGCAACAAUGACAAAGAUGAGAAGGCUCGGUCGUCCCACUGGUCAUCGGAUGUCUAUGCUUAGGACAAUGGUUUCUCAGCUGGUGAAACAUGAGCGGAUUGAAACUACUGUUGCAAAGGCGAAAGAAGUCCGGCGACUUGCAGAUAACAUGGUGCAACUUGGGAAAGAGGGCACUCUUUCUGCUGCAAGACGUGCUGCAGCCUUUGUUCGAGGGGAUGAUGUUAUUCACAAAUUGUUCCAUGAAUUUGCUUACCGAUACAAAGAUAGAGCUGGUGGGUACACAAGAUUCCUGAGAACUCGAAUUCGAGUUGGUGAUGCAGCACCAAUGGGCUUUAUUGAGUUUAUUGAUAGAGAUAAUGAACUUAGACAGUCGAAACCAGCAACCCCUCAACCGCCACAAAGAGCAGGUAUGGAUCCAUGGACAAGAUCUCGACUCACCAGGCAAUUCGCACCUCCAAAAGAGGAAAAGACCACUUCUUCUGGGUCUGAGGAUUGAUUCUUUCCUUCCUAUGUUGAAUGCCUUUCUUCAGCAGUUUUUAUUUAUAUUCCAGCAUGUUGAUUUGGAAACUGAGAAAUUUAAAAGCAUAGAAAGGAUAAACAUUUUUGCUGUUAUGGCUUCCCAUUCUCUUCAAGCUCAAAAGAUAACUUGAUAGUAUUGUAUCCUAGCA